CCGGCGACCCGUGCGGCGAUGGCGAGGAAACCCCGUUGACGUUGCACUGCUUUUUCAUGCCGACUCCUCACCUGUGUGCUUCCAUCAUCUCUCAGGUGUCAUGGAUGAUGAGGACGAUCGCCAUCUUCUGGAUAUUUUAGGAGAUGUGGAUGCAUUGAAUGACUAUCUCCAUGGCAACAACAGCAAGUCUAUUGAGGAGGAUGAUGUGACGAACGCAGCUUAUGGAUCAGAUGGAUCCUUCUUUGCUGGUGACACACCUGGCUCCAACUCGGGCCUCAAGGAUGGCUCUUCCUCAAUGGGUGGAUUCGGCGCUGAUUCAGCCGGGGCAGGCCUCCAGCUCUCCAGCAGCCUUUCAUUCAUCGAGGAUGAGUUGGGGUCCGGGAACUCUUCUGGCGGCGUGGACCUCGGGGGGGAGGACCAGCCCUUUGACAUCCUGCAGAAGUCCCUCAUGGAGGCCGACAUCACGGAGCAGACGCUGGCCCAGGAGGCCUUACUGGACUCCCAGCCCGCUCCCACUCUAGUGCAGGCGCCGGUUCCCUUCCAGUCCCAGCUGGUCUCUGGGGGCUAUGGAGGGGGAGUAGGUAUGGUUACCACGGCAACAGCUGCUUUUCCAACAGGCCAGUUCCUGCAGGGAGUUUCCCAGCUGCCCAAUGGCUCCGCCCAGCACAUCCAGGUGUUGGGAUCUUUCGGGGCAGGUGGGGGGAUGAUGACUCUGAGCAGUUUGAGGCCGGGGAACCCUGUAGCUGCAGCGGGGGCCACAACAGGGGGGCAGGUGUUUGCCCCCACUCAAGGUCAAGUUGGCCUACCUUAUAAAAACCUCCCCCUUCAAAACAUCAUCAUCCAGAGAGGCCCCGGAGGGACCCAGACUCUUGUCAGACCUAUCCAACCCAAACCACUUCAAGCUGGGACGCAGACCGUGUACAGCCUCGGUCUUCAGCCCACCUCCACCACCAUGGCUAAUGCUAACUCUGCUUCUUCCGGGGGGCACUACACAGCCAAUGGCUCCAUUGUGGUCCAGCAGUCCAUGGAGCAGCAACAAGCACAGACAAACUUACAACCUGGACAGUACCUGCUCCCCAGCUCUUUGGCCCUUGCUCCGGGCAGCAACCUCCACAACGGCCCCAGCGACCCCAGCUCAAAUGCCCUAAUUACCAGUCAGAAUGCGGUGCAGAUUGUGGCAGGACAGAACUUCACCGCACAACAGAGGGGUCAGUUUAUCCUGAAUCAGGGACUAGUCACCACGAGUCAGGUUGGAGGGUGUGUGACCCAAACAUGGACAGGAGUUACUUGUUCGACCACGGUACCUGUGCAGACGUCAUGUGCCCCUGGGCGGCUGACCCUUGGGGUCGUAGGUCAAACGCAAGUGUCAGCAAGCCCAGUGCAGCGCCUCCUAGUCACUCAAUCCCAGAACUGCACGUCCCUGUCCCCUUUAGCUGGAGGAGUGACGCAGGAACAAGAUUACAGACAGAAUUCCUCAUCACCUGCCCUCAAACAGCCCGGUAACAUUCACGUCAUGAGAACCAUGACGCAAGAUUCAACGCUUAACUCUCAGGUCAGUGCACAGAAGAGGCCUGCCCACCCGCCCCUUACAAGAGAGGGAAUGAUUUUACAGCGGCUGGGGAAGGAUCACGCCGGAGUUCAGACGCUCGAUCGACGACGCUUCACUUCAAUCAGCGACGCGCUGCAAAGACUCCUCCCCUACCAUGUGUUCCAGGGGGCGCCGCCCAGCCAGGAGGAGUUCUCACAGGUGGAUGACGAAUUCGAGGUCGUAGCGACUCAGGUGCUGAAGAGGACCCAGGCCAUGGUGAACAAAUACAGACGGUUACUACUUGUGGAAGCUGAGUGUUCAAGUCCGUCAUCGGAGAUGGUGAUGAUUGACAGGACCUUCAACCAGGAGGAACGCACCAACCUCACACAAGACAAGCGCAUGGUGCUCGUGGAUCCAGACAGCUUUCUGGAAGACUUCUGCUGUGGCAUGAAAUCCAGACUUUCCCCAGAACCGGCCCCGGCCCCGGCCCCGGCCCCGGCCCCUCCUCCGUCCAGCUGUAGCUGGAACCCGUCAGACAGUGGCUCCACGGAGCCACCGUACAGGACAGACUCGCAGCCCGGCUGUGGAGAUCCGGGAGGGGGCGGGGCUGCAGGAGCUGGGGCGGCAGACAGACUCCCCCCUCCAAACUUAGAAAACAAGAGCGCCCUUGAACUCAAGAGAUCCCAGCAGCGCUUUGAGCCCAGCGGCGGAGGCAACAGCUGUCCCCCAGGUAACGCCUCGCCUCCAGCAGCAAAGUCCGGAGGACAGACGCACUACCAGGGUUCACACCAACUGUCCUCCCAGUCCACCCCGCCCCAGUUCCCCUCUCAGCCCACGUCACCCCCCCACACUGACACAGACUCUGCUCUAGAGGCGGCGGUCAACAGCAUCUUGGAAUGUUAAGACUGAUGCUUCUUAUCAUCCCCAGUGUUUGAUUUUGUCUUUUUAUACUCGUGUGUACAGGUUUAUUUUUUUAUUUUUAAUCUCUCCUGUUGAAGUAUUUGUUGCCUCCCCCAACCCCCAACAAUUCCCUGUGUGAAGAGAGGUCAACUCUUCUUUCAGGUUUCGGGUCUUUGUGACACGAUCGGCCAUGUAGCAUGUAUUUAAUAUGUUUUUACAUUUCUUUCUUUUAUGUUUUGAAGCAUGACGUAGGAGUCGAGGUGGAUACAGGCACUUAUAUAUACCUAUAAAGACCCGGGAAUGUGUGCAAUGCAAUGGACUUUAUAUUCAUUUCACGGUAACUUUAAGAUGAGGCUGCUUUCAGACAUGAACCACUGAACUCCGGAUGAUCUCAUGAAGAUCGGAGGGGCUGCAUCUGAGAGCGCAGUCUUCAGGUUCAUGUCUGAAAACAGUUCAGGAGUGUUCCUCUCUUCACACACAGACACACAUGCCAUAUAUAUAUAUAUAUAUAUAUAUAUAUAUAUAUAUAUAUAUAUAUAUAUAUAUUUAGUGCCAGCUGAUAACCCACAGUACCUAUGCUGAACAAACCCAGGAUGUGGGGGAUGAUGACAGUGCCUAAUUCUAGGUUUCUCCUUUUUUUCUUUUUAUUGUUUACAUGAAGAAGUUGCUUUCAGAAUUCACUCGUCACAGAAACACCCGAUGAACACGUGGUUUGGCAGAUUCUCUGAGGUUCGAUCGGCGGAGACACGUUCACUUCGACAAAUUGCACUAAACGUACUGUUGCUUUUUUCAGGAACUGUAAGAACAUGAGUCGAUCUUCGGCGUGUGCUCGGCUAAACACAAUGUGAACAGAACCAAAAUGAGUUUGCCUGCUUUCAGCUGCCUGCAACAAGGACGACCUCUCCCACUAGAAACCAGUCUGACUCGACUUACUGCUGUUUUACGCUUCUCAGCAACGGUCCUUUUCUUUUCUUUACUCCUUGUGCUUAAGUCACAUUUUCUUUGGCUUUGGUUUUUCUUUUGUACCUUAAAGGUAUGCAAGCCCCGACACAGACAAAUCUCCAUUUCAACCACCUCUUAUCAUUUCACGGUGUAUUUUGUGUCAGGGGAGAUUAGUCCUCAGAUUGAGGAAGAUAUGUUACAACAUGUUUAUCUUUUUUAUUUAGAUUUUUUUAUUUUCCUAAUUAUUAGAAAAUUUGACUGUUCUGCUCAUUGCAAUGUUUCCUGACGUCGUCGUCAUGUUAAAUCACCUUGAAGUGUCACUGAUUGUAUGUUUGUCUGCCUUCUGCAUAUUGUUUUGUAUUGAUCAUAUCUAUGCUUGAAUACCUUGACAUCUCCAUCAGGUUUGACGUUGACCUGCUCGUGAAGUUUAUUUUCCACGCCCGAUUUAAUUCUUUUAGUGUUGGCUUACACCUCCUGGAUGUUCCCCUCACUCGCCAGUCUUUUUUGUUAUGAUACAUUUCUCACCUUUUCUGUUUUCCCUCUCAGCAGAGCAACCAAAAUUUACCAGGAGAGCAUGUGGUCGUGUCCAGAAUCAUCCUCAGAUUUUUUAAUUUCUCUGUCCAGGACUGAAACGACAUUAACUCCCUUGACGUUAACGUCGAGCGUGUUUUUACUUUUCAUUUAGGUUUUAAAGCCAAAACUCAAGCUACUGUGAUAUUACAUCCUGAUUAAGACUUAAUCCUAAAUUUUGUAUUUGUUUUUGGAGUAACAUUUAUUUUGUUUUAACUUCUACAGAAAUCUGUCUUGCAGUGCAAAGCAAGAACAGGCCAUUUGUCUGCCAAACUCAACCCAGGACCAAAGCUUAGGUUUAACAAAGUGUUUUACUGCUCCUGGGGUUGAUUCUGGAUAGUUCCACCUUUCUCUUAUAACGUGUCUGUGAAUUAUGAUUGAUUGCCAGUAAGCUACGACUGCAGACUGAAGGCCUUUUUAUACGGGGUGAUGAAGAACUCAUUUAUCGUCUUCUUUUUGUGUCCGUGUGUGUUUGAGUGCCAGUGGCUGUCGCAGGAGCUGCUGCAAGAUGUUGUGCCUCGACAGCACUUAGUUAUUAGACCUGCACAAAGUAGAGACGUGUCCAGCGUCUGUCGGUGAAGCAAUGUGUGACCUGGAUGCAUAUCAGUGUCCGAGGGCCCGGCAGGAACAUUAUCGCUUCUUCUCCUCUAUUUUAAGUGGGGAUUUGUUUCUCUGCCUCCAUUUUCACUGUCGUUCUGUCUCACUUGAUUCGUGUAGUUGUUUUGUACAAAAAAUUGAAAAGUGGAACACAAAAUAUUUAUAAUUUUGUAUGGAGAAAAAAUAAGAAUGUAAAGAAACAACACAUGAGAAAAUGGAAAUUAUUUUUAUUGUGUUUGCCAAGAAGCAGCUUCAGAAGAAAAAGGAAGAAAACUACAAAAACACUGUAAUUUCUUCAUUUGUAGCUUGUGUGUGUUCACUACAGCAGCGAAGGGGAGUCAACAAUAAAUUCAUUUUGAAUACAAUGAGAAACUGG